AUGAAGUACCAAACUGCUGUAACCGUGGGCACAUUGAUCGCCUCUGCCCAAGGCGCUGCUCUGACUAAAAGAGACGCGGAGGCAGCCGAGCCGGCCUAUGUCUGGAGCUCUAGCAAGAGAGACGCAGAGGUAGCCGAGCCAGCUAUUAUCUGGGCCUCUAGCAAGAGAGACGCAGAGGCAGCCGAGCCGGCCUAUGUCUGGAGCUCUAACGCAGAGGCAGCCGAGCCGGCCUAUGUCUGGAGCUCUAGUAAGAGAGACGCAGAGGUAGCCGAGCCAGCUAUUAUCUGGGCCUCCAGCAAGAGAGACGCAGAGGCAGCCGAGCCGGCCUAUGUCUGGAGCUCCAGCAAGAGAGACGCAGCCGAGCCGGCCUAUGUCUGGAGCUCCAGCAAGAGAGACGCAGAGGCAGCCGAGCCGGCCUAUGUCUGGAGCUCCAGCAAGAGAGACGCAGCCGAGCCGGCCUAUGUCUGGAGCUCCAGCAAGAGAGACGCAGAGGCAGCCGAGCCGGCCUAUGUCUGGAGCUCUAGCAAGAGAGACGCAGCCGAGCCGGCCUAUGUCUGGAGCUCUAGCAAGAGAGACGCAGAGGCAGCCGAGCCGGCCUAUGUCUGGAGCUCUAGCAAGAGGGAUCUUGAAGCUAGCUCGGUCUAA